CAACAAACUAACGUUAAUGAGCUGAUGCACGAUUAGACGGGGGAAAUACACGUCAACAACCAUGAUGAAACCUAAGCAGCCAGGGUCGCAGUGGUGAAAGGCGACUGAGCGGCAUGUUUUACCGAUAAAAUAAUCAAAAAAAUCAAUAUCAAUGUCUGUCAUAUCCGUAUUUACGAACAUCCCUACAGCUCCACCAAAACGGGAGUCUAAGAUUUUGGCUGAUUUCAGGAGAGACGCUCACCCAGAGAAGGUGAAUCUUGCAGGACGUGAGUAUCUUAAUGAAGAUGGCCAGACCACAGUACUUCCCCUCAUAUGGAAAAUAAAGCAACAAAUUGGAUCAGACCCAACCCUCACUCCUGGGUAUCCCCCACCUCUUGGUCUAACUGAACUGACCAAGAGAGUGGUGGAGCUCACACUGGGAAAAGACAGUCCUGCCAUCGUGGAAAACAGGGUGCUGGGGGUGCAGGCAGUGGGCUGUAUGGGAGCGGUGAGGCUGGGCGCAGAGCUGCUGAGGCGUUGGUGUAACAACAGCGCAUCCUGGAGUGGACCCAUCCUGCUGCCCUCACCCUGUGAUGACUCACUUGCCGAGACCUUUGAGGCAGCAGGGUUUGGGAAUGUGUGCUACUACCGCUACUGGGAUGCGAAUAGUUUGGGAGUGUGUGCGGAGAACGUGCUGAAGGAUCUGGAGGAGGCCCCUGAACAGAGUGUAGUUGUCUUGUCCGUCUCUGGCCACUACCCCACAGGUGCCGACCUCUCUGUAGAUGACUGGAAACUCGUGGCAGAUGUCAUGAUGCAGAGAAGAUUAUUUCCUUUCUUCCUGAUGUCAGAACAAGGCUUUUCUAAGAGCUAUGAGAAGGAUGCUUGGCCUGUUCGUCAUUGUGUGUCUUUGGGUCUGGAGGUUAUGUGUGCACAGUCCUUCUGCCACACAUUUGGCUUGUAUGGGGAGCAGGUUGGACACCUCCUGUGUGUGCUGAAGCACAACAGCUUCCUGCUGGCUGUCCAGUCGCAGUUGGAGAAGUCAGUCCAAACUCUGUGGUCCUCUCCACCAACAGGUGGUGCCCGUGUGGUGGCUACCGUCCUCAGUAACCCUGCACACCUUAUUGAGUGGCAGGAAGGUGUGAGGAGUCAGGUGGAGAGGUGCAUGCUAAUUAGGGAGCAGCUCAGGGAGAAACUGAGGCUGCUGGGAUGUCCAGGGCAGUGGGACCACCUGACCAAACAAACCGGACUCUACUGCUGCACUGGCCUCAGUGGUCAUCAAGUGGAGUUUCUGGGCAAAAGGAGACAUGUCUACCUCUUGGAUAUUGGGUGUCUGAAUAUAAGUGCAAUCAACAGCCGCAAUGUUGAUUACGUGGCAGAAUCCAUCCAUUUGGCUGUAACCACUCUUUGAUUUGUAAAAAUAGAUGACAAUGUUCUUUUCAUAUUCUUUAUGACUUACCUUUGCCCAUCCUGACAGUAUGCGACUAGGCCAUGGAUUGUGCAGAAUAGUGAAUAAGACAGUCGGAUUUUGCAUUAAGAUAUUGCAGAUAUGACAUUAAAUUAGUAUUCUUCA